AUGCUGCAGGUCAGCAUGCUCUCCGGGGAAACUGUUACGAGCAUACCCGUGGGAAAGAUAGACGACGUGAAGGGCUUGAAGCAGCACCUGACACAGCUGCACGGUUUUCCACCUCGAUUCAGGCAGAGAGUUUUCUUGCACGGCGAGCUUUUGGAAGAAGCCGUGAAGCUGGACUCCCCCAUGACCUUGGACCUCGUUCUGUUGGCAUUUGCCGGUGUUUCUGAAAAGCAGGUAGAAGAGCUUGCAGCAGCAGCUCAGCAAGGCUCCAUUUCCGAG